AUGUGCUGCCGCUAUGCGUGCCUUAAGGCGGCUGCGGCGAAGCGGCGGGCGCGGCAUGCCGAUGGCAGUGCGGACGAUGCGGUUGCAAUGUGUUCUGCUUCAAGAUUGUGGCGGUGCUUUGCCUUUGGCAUGCACUUCUGCGAUCCCAAUCAGCUCAUCGCAACGAAGCAGCGCAACAAGCUGGCUGCUGCCAACAAGGCCCUAUGCUACCUCACGCGCGGAUCGUUCAAAGAGGACCAGCAUACACAGGCUUCUCUGACAUGCGUUUGUUUGAGCUUGAGGCUAUUUGUGAGAACUGUUUGGGCUUUGGCUAGAAGUCGCCGAAGAUUCCGCUCAAGAAGCAGCAACGAGAAUCGGAAGUGGGAAGAGGAGGAUGCUGAGGCGGCGAUUGCUGAGAGCAUGAGGAGGAUCGAUCGCCCGCCGCAGGCGAAGAAAAUUUGGGGGCUGCGCCGUAUAUCGUUGUACGCGUGUUUUGAUCUAUGA